AUGAGUGUUGUUAUAACAGGACCAACUGAUAUUGCCAUGGUUGGAUUGGCGGUGAUGGGCCAAAACUUGGUUCUUAACAUGGCUGACCACGGAUUCACAGUUGCCUGCUUUAAUCGGCAUGUUGAGGUGGUUGACCAAUUCGUGGCCGGACCCGCAAAAGGUAAAAGCAUCAUUGGUACACACAACCUAAAAGACAUGGUUGCAACCUUGAAGAGACCUAGAAAGGUCAUGCUGUUGAUUAAGGCAGGAAAGCCUGUUGACAGUGUGAUUGGUCAGGUUCUUCCUCUGCUUGAAAAAGGUGAUAUCAUCAUUGACGGUGGUAACUCCCACUAUCCAGAUACCACACGUAGGUACGAGGAAUUGAAGGCCAAGGGUAUUUUAUUUGUUGGAUCUGGUGUUUCUGGUGGUGAGGAAGGUGCUAGAUAUGGACCUUCUUUGAUGCCAGGUGGUUCGGCCGAGGCUUGGCCUGAAAUCAAGCCGAUUUUCCAGGCUGUUGCAGCUAAAGCUGAUGGUGAGCCAUGUUGUGACUGGGUUGGACCUGCCGGAGCUGGUCACUACGUGAAAAUGGUUCACAAUGGUAUCGAAUACGGUGAUAUGCAGCUUAUUUGCGAGUCUUACGAUUUGAUGAAGAGACUUGCCGGUAUGACCGACAAGGAAAUCUCUGAGGUUAUGGGCAGAUGGAACAAAGGUGUGCUAGAUUCUUUCCUUAUCGAGAUUACCAGAGAUAUCUUGAAGUACGAUGACACAGACGGGACUCCGUUGGUGGAAAAAAUUAUGGAUAAAGCCGGCCAGAAGGGAACUGGUAAGUGGACCGCAAUUGAUGCCUUGGAUAAGGGCAUGCCAGUUACUUUGAUUGGAGAAGCUGUGUUUGCUAGAUGUCUUUCGGCCUUGAAGGAUGAAAGAAUCAGAGCAUCGAAAGUGUUGACUGGCCCUGCAAUUGAGCCUGUUCCAAAAUCCGAGAGAAGUGCUUUCAUUGAUGACUUGGAACAAGCUCUUUAUGCUUCCAAGAUUAUCUCGUAUGCCCAGGGAUUCAUGUUGAUUAGAGAGGCUGCAAAUGAGUUCAACUGGAAGCUGAACUUCCCAUCCAUUGCUCUUAUGUGGAGAGGAGGUUGUAUCAUCAGAUCUGUUUUCUUAGGAGAAAUUACGAAGGCUUUCAGAGAAAACAGUGAUCUUGAAAACCUUCUUUUCCAUCCAUUCUUCAAGUCUGCUGUCGUUCAAGCCCAGGCUGGAUGGAGAAAGACUGUUGCUAGAGCUGUCACAAACGGUAUUCCAACGCCUGCCUAUUCCACCGCUCUUGCUUUCUAUGAUGGAUACAGAUCAGAAAGACUUCCAGCAAAUCUUUUGCAGGCACAGAGAGAUUACUUUGGUGCUCACACCUUCCAGAUAUUGCCUGAAUGUGCAGAUGACAAGAAGAAGCCAAACUCCAACAUUCACAUUAAUUGGACUGGAAAGGGAGGAAAUGUCUCUGCUACUACAUAUGACGCAUGA